AUGACCCCUCUUACCUUUUGUCGUUUCCUCACUCCCCUUCCUCCUCCUUUCUUUCCCCCCUCUUCUUUCUCCUCCCUUCUUCCUCCUCUUCCCACCUUCCCCCCCCACCCCCUCUACCUCCAGUCACCCACCGACGAUGCGCUCCUGCUGAUGCGAGUGGUCGUGUCUGCAAACGUCACCAAUGAUCUUGCUACGGUGCUCGACCUCUAUAGUCAAGUCUCGCUACAGUCACUCUCAGAGGCACUAGGCGGGCCUGCAGUUGCGCCCCUCCCCAAUCCGCCCCUCCCCAGCUCCAACCUCUCCGAGGCCCUCCAGGUGAGCAGCGCUCCCCCAGGUGAGCAACAGCCGCCCUUGUGCGCCCAAGUUUUGAGCAGUGUCCUCCAGGUGAGCAGUGCCCUCCAGGUGAGCAGUGCCCUCCAGGUGAGCAGUGCCCUCCAGGUGAGCAGUGCCCUCCAGGUGAGCAGUGCCCUCCAGGUGAGCAGUGCCCUCCAGGUGAGCAGUGCCCUCCAGGUGAGCAGUGCCCUCCAGGUGAGCAGUGCCCUCCAGGUGAGCAGUGCCCUCCAGGUGAGCAGUGCCCUCCAGGUGAGCAGUGCCCUCCAGGUGAGCAGUGCCCUCCAGGUGAGCAGUGCCCUCCAGGUGAGCAGUGCCCUCCAGGUGAGCUGUGCCCUCCAGCUCGCCUCUAUCAACGUCACCCAGCAGUACGGCUUCGACCCCUACAGCGUGACACAGCAGCAGGCAGCGGCACUGGAGGCAGCGAGAAUGGUGACAGACCAGGCGCUGAGCGCCGCCAACCAAAUCAUUCAAAUCAACGAAUCCCUCAUUCAGUCGGACGACUUCUGGUCCUCUUCACUCAACUGGUUGGGUCAUGACUUUGACCGCGAGUUCUUCUACCGCGCCACCUUCUCAUCCGCUGGAGGCAUUGGUGCUUUACCUGCCACCGAGGUGGUUUACUUCCUCACCUUCCUCGCCCAGGCUGUUCCAACGCUACAAGCCCUGUUUCCUGGCAACCCAGCAGCACCAACUCCCUUGUCAGAAUCACCCUUGACAAUCCCUCUCAACACCACCGCACCAACCAGCAGCACCUCACCAGCCACCGUCACCACCCCAACCAACCUCACCACACCAACCAACACCACCACACCAGCCAACACCACUACACCAGCCAACACCACCCAGACCUCUCCCGAACGCCCCAGCCUCCCCUCCUCGCUGCCUCCCUUCCGCCGCUUCCCCCUGUUCGUCCCCCUCGAAGGCCCUCUCUGCUUCCGCCUGCGCCUCACCCCUCCCCCAGUCGACUCCUUCUGGUCUGUCACAGUCUACAACAGCACCUCACUAAAUCUCCUGGAGGGAGUCAACAAAUAUGUCUACAACAGCACCUCGCUGAAUCUCCUGGAGGGAGUGACUAAGUAUGGUGUGGGUGACCGCACAGCAGGACUGCUGACAAGGAGUGCAGUGGUGCUGCGAGCCUAUGGCCCCUCACAGCUCAUUCUCAACGGCACGUAUCGACCACAGCCAGUGCAGCUCUUCCCUACCGGCCCCACGUGUCAAGGGGAGCAACAGGGCAGUGUCACACUCACAGCUCCAGCAGGGCAGCAGGAGCGCAAUCUCACUCUCAUAAACCCUGUUUUCUAG